UUGUGUUUACUAGAGAAAUCUUGAAAUUGUGCGGUUUGUAAACUUGUAAAGAUGAGGGUGAAAAACGCGACAAAGAAAACUGUGAAAGUGUCAGCUUCGUCCGAAUCUGAUUCGGAAUAUGGUAGUACCGACGAAGAAUUACAAGAAGCUUUUACAAAAGGACUGUUAAAACCUGGUCUCAACGAAGUAUUUGAGGAAACAACUAAAGUACAUAAAAAUUGUGUAACUCUUAUGAAACAAAAGCUAGAAAGCAUUAAAUUAAAUUUGCCAUGGUUAGAGAGAUUAGAUAUGAUUAACGCGCCAGCACCAUUAGCACCGGAAUUGGCAUUGCAAAUGCAAGAACAGGAAGUAAGGCGUUCGAAACAAUUGAAAGGAAACAAAAAAUUACCCCAGUACGAUCCGGCAGAGGAUCCUGUUUUAAAUGAUUUUCGUAGGGAGACAAUGUUUCACAGGCAAGCACAAGGAGCCGUUAUGGACGGUAUCACACGAUUAAAAAAGCUUGGAAUCCCAACAACCAGACCAGACGACUAUUUUGCUGAAAUGGCAAAGACAGAUGUUCACAUGCAAAAAGUGAGGGAAAACCUUAUGAAGAAACAAACAAUAGCACAGAGAUCCGAGAAAAUCAGGCAGCUUAGACAACAGAGAAAAGUAGGAAAGCAAAUGCAAAUAGAAGCUACUCUGAAGAAGCACGCUGAAAAGAGAAAAAUGUUAGAAGAAGUAAAAAAGUACCGUAAGGGUAUGAGACAGGAUCUUGACUUUUUAGAUGACAAAAAGAAGCCUCAGAACAAAAGGGUGAAUCCGAAAGUAGCCGCCAAACGAAAAAUGAAAGAUUCUAAAUUCGGUUUUGGCGGUAAAAAACGCGGCAAUAAGAAGAAUACAAAAACGAGCUCUGCGGAUGUUUCAGAAUACAAAAGGCCAUCAAAACCCGGGAAAGACUUUAAGAAAAAAGGCGGAAAACCAAACCAGAGAUUAGGAAAAGGUCGUAGAGUACAAAUGAAAGCAAAGAGGAAACGUCAAUAAAUGCAAUCUAUAAUGUUAAUAGAACUAUUAUAAAUCGUCUUGU